AUGACAUUAGAACAAGCAGUAUUUAUAAUUUUAAUUUAGUUGUCUGAAGAUGGGGAAUAUUUGAGAUUGCAAAAACUAACUGAGGCAUUAAAACAAAUAACAAACGAAAUGCCUUACAUGAAAACUUUUAAUCAAGUUUCAACCAUUAAAUAUUUGUUAUGUGCUUAUCCAUUCAAUCCAAUUACUGUAGAACUUGUAAUCACUAGUCUAUUAGAUCACUUUUAGGAUGAACAAUUUAUUUAUACCUUUUUUUCAGCCAUAAUGGAAUUGGCAUAAAUAUAAGAACUGAACACUAUGUUUGGACAUCGAAAAUCAAAAGUAAUGGAUAUUUUUCCAUAAGCUAAGUCAAUCCACUUACCUCAUCAAAUUGGGUAGAGAUAUUGUAGAGCUGUUUAUGAAAACAUAUUGGAGGCAAAGAAAUUUGCAUGCCAAUAUUUGAAAUAGUUGUUUGAUGUUGCCAUAUAAUUUUAAUAGGAUAUUCAAUACUUCUCAAUGGUGUUCAAAUUGAUGAUUAAAAACUCAACCAACACUGAAUUUAUUCAUUUUGUAAUAUAAAAAUAUGAAGAAUGCAAAAUUGAAUUGUUUGGAAAUCGCAAGUGGAUUGACGAUUUAGAUGAUGAAAUUAUAGAAUAUUUUGAACAAAGCCAAAUACCUAUGCCUUUUGCUGUAAGUAAAGGAUUGGAGUAGUAAAGAUAAGAUAUUAAAUUGAGUACCAUCUAAAACAACACUUCAAUGAGUAAUUCUAACAACGAUUCCUCAAUUUUGGAUGAAGUUGACAUAAUGAAAAAAGAACUCGAAACUCUCUAUGUGAAUAUGCAGAAGUGGCUCUGUAUAGUAGGAACUCCUUCCAUAAAAUCUAGAACCGAAUAUUUGAGUGAUGAACAUCACUUCGACUAUUUAAUGUCUUUCAUAUUUAAUCCAUUAAAAUAUGAGCCAAUUAAAGAUUGGGAGGAUAAAUUUAAUAAUUUACAAGUUGAAGUUGAGUAGACGGAUUAUAAAGUUGAAUCGUAAUUGCCAUCUAAAAGUGAAUUGAUAAGAUCUUAUAAAACUACAUUAAUAUUCUUGACGGAUGACAACUUUUAAGUGAUGAUUCAAACUGUUCCUAAAUUGAUCCCAGUUCUUCUUUAUCAAAUAAAAGUGAGUUUGGAAGAGAAGAAUAAGUCAGUUAAUCUAUUGCAUAUUAGCUGCAUUUUGGAUAAAUUUCUACAGAAAUAUCCAAAAUCAACUGUAUUAUUAAUGACUGAAAUGAAUCUAUUUUAAAUCCUUGGAAAAUAUAUCUACAAUAACAAAUUAGCCACCAUAUUGGUAGAUGUUUUAGAUAUAUAAAUUGAUAGAUAUGGCAUUGGAUCUCCAUGUUAAGAAUAAUUAUGGAAAUAUUUUCACCGUAUUAAUUGGUUCGAAACUAUCUCAAUUCUAUUGAUCAACAAAGAUUUUUAAUUCUAAACUUUGGAACAAAAAGAAAACUAGAAAUACAUUCAAUUGCUUAGAUCAUUUGCAUUAAGUGAGAAAGAAAAGACUCCGCCAAUCAUUGAUUGUGAUGAAAAGAAGAAGUUAACUGACUUACUAGGAACAUUGCAAGCAGGCAAAACUAUGGAAGAAUAUUAUAAUUCAAAUUAAUUGAAUUGGCAAAUCAAUUAAACUUAAAGGGAACAUAUAUUGUAUAGUCAAAUAGAGGUUUAAGAUAUUGAUGGAUUAAAAAAGUUCGUAGAAGAAAGGGAUUCUAACCUUUAAAGAUCUAUACAUAGAAUUAAAACUUCAUAAAUGAUUAAGUCAACUAAAAUCACAACUUAAAUCACAAGAAAAUCCUCCUAAGUUAUACGCUAUAUAUAAAUUAAUAAACCCAUUUUGAGAGGCUUCCAUGGACAUAGAAGAUAUUGCGAGAGCAUAGAUUUUUAAUCGGAUGCAAUUAGAGAGGAUUUUAAUAAUGAUGAGGAUUUGAAACUUCAUAAAUCUAAUCCAAGCAGUCUUAGGACUAGUUAAUAAAAUUCUGAGGAUGAUGAAGAUUUGGGAUCGAUUUCUCCCAGGAAGCUUAAAAUUUAUCCUGGAUAUAAAUUACAUUUGUAUGUCAGUGAUUUUGAAAAGAAUGAAACUAAAUUUAAAAUCAAUAAACUUUAUUCUGAAGAAGCAAUCUAAUUACUAAAAUUCUAAAUUACUGCAUUAUGCAAUUAUUUAGAUUUACAACACACAAAUAAAAUUAAAGUUGAACAACAAAAAAUUGAUAUUAAGCCUAUCAUUAAUUCCCUAUUGACAACUUAAAUUGUUAUGAAACUCCAUUAGUUUUUUUUAUAUGGAAUUUUGAAAGAUGAAGCAACUAUAGAAUAUUAAUUAGCUGAAGAAUGUGGAAUUAUUGUGAACAAGAUUUAUAAAUAUUCUUUGCUCUACUAAGAAUUACAAGAAAUCAAACCAAUUUUAUAAGAUACAUUCUUAAAAACAGCAGAAUAUUUGUGUAAAUUGAUUGUCAAAGCUUAUCAAAAUUAGGACACUAUUUCUGGACUUCAAAAAAUUUAAACAUUUUUGCUUCUUACUUUCAAACAAGGUUAUUCGGUAUUUCAUUUAGAUCCGCGUUCCAAAGAAGAUUUUGGAGUUCAUAAAUUUUUUCACUCAACAGUUAUUCAUAUCCUCAUCUACUGGUUUUUUAAUAGCCAAAACAAUAAUUUGUAUUAGAAUAUCUUUUUGAAAUUCAUCACGUUGGUGUUGGCUAAUGCUCCACCUGUAAUCUUGAGUAGCAUCUUAUUUAGACUUGGACUUAUAGGUUUACUCUUUGACACUUACAACAUUUACUGUUUGAAUGGAAGUGAACAUGUUUUAAUGGCAGAUAGUCUUCUUGCUCAUGUUAAAUGUAUUGUGUAUUCCAUAAAUGCCUCAAUAACUCAUAGAUAAUUGACAGCGAUUUAAAUGAAUCUAAGAUGUCUUGAUUCUUGGAAAAAACUUAUUGAUGCUAGUCCAAAAGGGGAACUCUCAAUCUAUAAAGAAAUAAACUUUAUCAUCAAUCCAAAUUUCAAUUAUAAGCAUAGCAAAAUAAAUUUCUAUUCUUAUUAAAUGUCAAUAGAAAACAAUGAAUCAAAUAAUACUCCAAAGUUAGGUAGAAUGAGGGAUUAAUACAAUUCACAAAGAUUGAAAGGAAACUAUAAACUGCAACAUAAGCUUCCUCUUUUACAUCCUCUUAAUUAAAAAUAACAUGUUUUGUCAAAAACAUUUAGUACAAAUAAACAAUGA